AUGCGGUUCACAAGCUCGUCCUUCCUCGGCCUCCUUGUCGUGGCUGCACCAUUGGGCACCAUCGCGGACAAUUCUCUUCCCACGGAUAUCUCGUCAGCCUGCGCCUUACUCGCCAACCUUACACCUGAGCAGUUCGCGACCACCUUGGCGGAUCUAGAGAACAAAGCAAAAACAGAUAUUACCCGAGACCAGGCCCAGGCUAAAGCUGUGAAGAUCGGCCGUAGCCGAAUCUCUCGCCGACAAAUCGGUGGAGCUCCGGACGCCUUAUCUGGUAGUCUUCCUGGAGGCCUUGGGGACACGGUGAAGGGUGCAACCGGCGCCCUGGGUAACACGCUUGGUGGCGUGGGUAUGAAGAAGGGCCGCAGCGAAAAUACCCGUCGACAAGACGUUGGCGACCUCGGGUCCAAGAUUGAAGGUUUUACCCAGACUCUCGGGAGCUUGGCCAAAGAUGUUUCGGGUGAGACGACCAAACGAAAUUCUUCAAGGCAAAAGGAUGGGGGCAUUUUGGGUGGCAUCCUUAUCCCGGGCAUUCUAUAA